AUGGGAAAGAAGGGCAGCUCGAACCCAGCGGACGCAUACCCACUCCGCGCGAAGGAGCUCAAGAGGGAUGCGAGGAAGAAGGUUCGCGAGGAUCAGGCCGUCAAACGUGAUACUAGAGAUCUUGAGGGACAGAUCAACUACCUGAAGUCGGUGACCAACCUCGAUGACGAUGGCAAGGACCGGCUGAGGAAGCUGGAAGACGAGUUGAAGCAGGUCAACAAGCUGAAGGAGAAAUACGUCGCUGCGCACCCAGAUGCUCGGGACCGGGUCUUUCACACUGGCAAGUACGCGCCGCGAGAACACAACGACAACGAGGGUCCGAAGCCCGAUCCGAUGGCACACCUUUACAACCCUGACGGCACGCUGCGCGAUCCGAAGAAGAGCUACUACUACGAUCCAGUGUACAACCCCUACGGAGUACCUCCUCCGGGAAUGCCGUAUCGGGAACGUACGCCGACCGGGAUGACGGAUCCGGAAGACAGCAGUGACGACUCCGACGAGGAUAGCGAUGACGAUAUCGUCAUGCCCGAGGGGCCCCCGCCGGAAGAGGAGCCGGAUUCGGACGACUCAGACUGGAUCCCGCUGCCGGACGGACCGCCGCCGCCGUCUGCUCUGCCAGCUCUGCCUCCUAUCCACAUGGGAAGAGGAGGGAUGCGUGGCCGGGGUCAGCCUCGAGGCGGGCCGCCGCGGGGAGGUCCUCCUCGUGGUGGACCUGGCCGGCCGCUUCCCGCUGCCCCGCCGUCAUUGCCGGCAAAGCCUGGGACGGCGCCUGUUGUUACUGCUCCGGCAGCUCCGCGAGUUGAGCCCAAGGCAGCUGUGGCUGCGGCGCCGGUCGCAGCGACGAUCAGCGCGGAGCCACAGCUGCGUGAUCUGCGCAAGGAGACGACGCAGUUCGUCCCUCGUGCCGCAAGGAAUGUCAAGGUGCGGCAGGAUCAGGGUCCCGGUCUGCUCGGUAAGCUGAAGGGCGUCGGUGUCGUAAGGGAUCAGGCAGAGGAGGACUACGACAAGUUCCUCGAGGGAUUGGACCACUCCCUCGUGCUCGCCCACUCGGGACAGGAGACUUUUGACCAGGAACCUUGGCACUUGACGUUCUCCGGUAUCGCGGGCUUCAUGCGGCUUCCGUUCGCGCGAUGCCUAGAGGAACCUGGCAAGGCAUUCGACCUCGCUAUCUUGGGUAUGCCCUUCGACACAACUGUCUCAUACCGACCUGGUGCACGCUUUGGUCCGCAUGCUAUCCGGAGCGGAUCGCGGCGAGCUGGACCCGCUCGCUCCUUCCUGGUGCCGUGGGGAACGAGUGUCACCCAAGAAUCGAACCUCGAGAUUGUGAGCUGCGAGGCGUCGGAAUCGAGCUCACUUCAGAUUGACUGCAACGAUGUUCCCAUCUCGCCCUAUGAUCCCGCGCUGGCCAUCGAUGAGAUGCAAACAGCCUACGCCACCCUCAUCAACCGCCCCGUCGUGAACGCCGACGGCUACACGGCGCAGCUGGCCAAGGAUGGACGAGAGCAUCCCCGCAUCCUCACUCUAGGCGGAGACCACACGGUCGUGCUCCCAAUUCUUGGAGCGCUUUACGAUGUCUACGGACCCAUCACCGUCCUCCAUUUCGACGCUCACCUCGACACCUGGAACGGUCAUGAGCUGGGCGGUGCUCAUAGCGAGCAGCACAAGGUUGUGAGUAAAGCUGCUGACCGACAGUCUAUGAAUGAUCUGCUUCACGAUGAGGCAGUGGGCUUCCAGGUCUUCACCACCGACGACAUCGAUGACAUGGGCGCGGAUGGCAUUGCUGCCGCCUUGAAGAAGCGCCUCGGCAAGGGCCCUGUCUAUCUCAGCUUCGACAUCGACACCAUUGAUCCCAGCAUGGCCCCUGCUACUGGCACGCCUGAAAGUGGCGGUUGGACGACUCGUGAAGUCAAGCGUAUCAUUCGUGCCCUGGGUGACCUUAACAUCGUGGGAGCGGAUAUCGUGGAGGUUGCUCCGGCUUACGACACGAACGCGGAACUCACGGCGAUGGCGGCCUCGGAUCUUGCGCAGGAGUUCAUGGCUCUCAUGAUCGCAAGGAAGCCCAAUCCCGCCGUCAAGGGUGGCAAGCUCAACCCCGGUCUCAAGGCUAAGGCGAAGGUAGCGGGUCAAGAGCAAGACGCCGCUGCGCGUGACGAACUUUGA